AUGAGCACCCAAGUAGAAGAGCUGACCGGUCGGCUGUCCAAGGUGGCACUGGCAGAUGUCCAAGGCAAAGAAGAGGAAGAAGAAGAGAUUGAUGGAAUCGAGUUUGUAAACUACACGGAUGAGUCACAAUUGGAAUAUGUCAUGGAUCUAGUGGGGAGGGAUCUUUCAGAGCCAUAUUCAAUUUUCACCUUUCGUUACUUUUUAGCCCGAUUUCCAUCGCUCUGCCUCUUGGCUGUAUCUACCGAGGACUCCAGCCGAGAACCGAUUGGUUGCGUAGUUGGCAAGGUUGACGACGAAGAAGUCUUUCAAGCGGGAGAAAUGAAAACUGUACCGACGGGUUAUAUUGGAAUGCUAGCUGUAAGCAAGGAAUAUCGUCGUCGUGGCAUUGGAAAGGCUCUUGUCAAACGAGUAGUGGAGCGCAUGAAGAAGCUAGGAUGCACUUCCGUGACCUUGGAGACGGAAGUAUCCAAUGUGACGGCUCAAAGACUCUACCAAGAUUCCUUCGGAUUCAUACGCGAGGAACUGUUGGUCCGAUAUUAUCUCAACUUUGGUGAUGCUUAUAGACUUAGACUCUGGUUUUAG